AGAGUAAAACAGUUACGGUAAAGGGAGGGAGGACAGAGAGGAGUCAGUGGGGACUGUGGCGGCUCUGGAGAGCUGUCACUUUCUCUGUGUGUAAUGUGUGUAGGCUAUGUGUGUGCGUGUGUGUGAGUUUGUGUGUGUGUGUGUGUGUGCGGAGAGGGAUUACCAUUACGCACGUUAUGCGGAGCGCAGUUUUGGUGAUGCAUUCAGUCUGGAUAUGUGCAGCGGGGAGCAGUGAGCGUCAACGCGGGCGUUCAGCGGCAUAAACAGCCCAGUAGCAGGCGAAGGGGAUCCGGCAGGUUUGGAGGCACCGUUUGUGCACAUCACAGGAUUUCCAGCUAACUGUGUGUUUUAUUUGUUUUGAUGACUGCUCCCUCAUUGGUGCAGUCAAAGUAAAAGAUGCGCACCGCUGAACAAAGGAUUUAGGGGAAAACGAUAAAGAAUCUCCUCCACGUUUUAAUCCUGACACCCCGGUGCUUUUCGUCUCUCCUGUUUGGACUGAUCAGGACUGGGAAUUCAUGCCGAUUCCGCCUUUGAGGACAGCGGACACGGGCUGAAGAACCGGGUUCCUCUGGUUUGAAACCUGGAGCAGGAGGAAUCAUCUGCUCUGAUCGCGUACAAGUCCAUGUGGAUGGAGAGAAAAUAACCAAACACGGCGAGCGGAGCUCAUUCCGAAAUGUGACAUUUUAAAAAAAAUAUUUCUCCCAUUAUACCUGACAACUGUGCACCUGCCUUCGUUCUCGAUCGGAUUUGUUUACAUCGAUAAAGAGAUGGCGUUCCUCCCGGUCCUCCUCCUGCUACUGCUGACUGUUGCUCACCGUGCCAGCAGUCAGGAUGCCGAGGACUCUGAGGCUCUCCCAAGAGGCUGUGGCUGGGGCCUCAUGCGUCCCUACACCCUCCUCUGCGACCUGGACUCCAUAUGGGGUGUAGCUGUCGAGUCUGUGGCUGCCGGUGGUGCGCUGGCUGCCAUCUUACUAGCCCUAGUCCUGGUGUGCCGUUUACGCCACAUCAGUGAGGCUGAGAAGCGGAGCGGCGUGGGACCCAUCCUCCUGCUGCUCCUUGGCAUCCUUGGCUUGUUCGGCCUGAGCUUUGCUUACCUGAUCGAGCAGGAUGAGUCGUUAUGUCUGCUCCGCAGGGCCCUGUGGGGUCUCCUGUUUGCCGUCUGCUUCUCCUGCUUGCUGGUGCAGGGUGUCCGUCUGCGCAGGCUGGGCCGGGAGCGGCGGAGCCCUGGUGGCUGUGCCCUCACAGGCCUGGCGCUGGGUUUGAGCGCUGUGCAGGGUAUCAUUGCUGCAGAGUGGCUACUUCUGACCGUGCUGCGGGAGGGACGAGCCGCCUGUCAGUACCUGCCUCUGGACUUCUCACUAGCUUGCAGCUACGUGCUAGCUCUCCUUAUAGCCGCGCUGACUGCCGCCUCCCUGGCCUUAUGUGGGAAGACACGUCAGUGGCGCUGCAAUGCCGUCUGGCUGCUGGUGACCUGCCUGCUGUCGCUGCUGCUGUGGGUGGCCUGGGUGGGCUUCUAUCUGUACGGCAAUGACUGGCUGGGGAGGGCCCCGGACUGGAAUGACCCGGCACUGGCCAUCGCUUUAGUGGCUCAGGGCUGGCUGCUGUUGAUCUUCCAUGCCAUUCCUGAAUCCCACAUCUGCCUGAAACCCCCGCCACAGCCCACUGCCCCAGAUUACUUCGACACCUCCCAGAACUCAACACGGAUGAGGGAGACCAGCUUCGAUGAAGACAUCCCUCUCUCUCACAGGCAGUUUGUGGAGAACCAAGGCUACGGAUACAACGACGAGAACACUGCAGGCUUGAGGAGCAGUGGUGGCGCCGGGCAACACAACAGUAACACCGGCGCCAGGCCCAGCGCUCCUUUCCGCAGCAACGUCUACCAGCCCACCGAGAUGACCAUGAUCCUGAACGGGGGAGCGGUGAGUACAUCCUCCCAGUCACAGGUGCCCUCUGCCCCUCCAACCUACACGGGGAGGCAGCUGUGGUGAGAGAGAGGAUUGGAAAGAGGACGUGUGGUAGAAAAUGAAGAGAAGAAGAGGAUGGAGAGGGCGAGGAGGGAGGGGUCUGGGUAGAGGGGACCACCUGGUUGGAUUGGACUUACAACAUGAACACCAACAGGGCCCUUCCACUCCGUGUACAGACUUUAACACUGACUGUGUGCCAAUUAACUAUUAUGCUGUAUGAGUGUGUGUGAGACUGAGAGAAAGUAGGGCAUGGAGGACAGAGCUAAAGUGUGCGUGCACUCAAAUCUCUGUAGAAGGGUUCAAAAACUCAAAGUGUGACCAGCAAGUAGCAAAUCAAAACACACGCUGACUCAGAUCUAAAGAUAUCGCCAUGCAGUAUUCUUCUUUUUAUUUGAUUUGCUCCCCUGAGACUGCAGCACUGUAAUCAUCCUCGAAAACUGUGAAAUCUUUUGCUUUUUCCUGCGCUAUCUCUCCUGUCAGUCAGGAUGUCUUUUCUGCUGCUCCUCACAAUGCUGGCGCUCAUGUGGACACAUUUGGCUCUGUCCUCCAUCCAUCCACAGCCAAGGUGAAGACAAAGCACACGGGCAACUGUACAGCUUGAGCACCGCCCGCUUAAAAAGAAUCCAGCCUCUGUGGGUGUGUAUGUACAGUAUGUGAGAGGAAAGAGUGUGUGUGUGUUCCUCCAUCUCAACUCUACCACUCCAACAAACCUUCUCUCUCCAGACUGUUACCCCCUCCCUCCUCCCCAGCCUUUCCUCCUUCGCUAUCUCUGUCUCUGGUUUGCACUUCGCUGUGAAUAUAACACAUAACUCCUCUCACCUUGCCUCAUCCUCCCACCUGCAUGGACACUUUGCGAAAACAAACUGUGAAACCCUGAACUGCGGUGGGAAAAGAAGUUCCCAGUGACACAGACACAACAAAAGCAGCUUGGAGCACCUGAGCAGAGGGAUUACAAGCUGCUAAUGAACUGCUGUUAGAUAUGCGAUGGAGUAGAGUGGAUUCUGAUUGGACAAGGAGGGCGUCAGUCAUCAACGGGGAGGUGCUGGUUCAUGAAUCUAGGUCAGACUGCUGUGCUGCUCUCCCCACAUCUCCGGUGGCCACUGGCGGUUUGAACCAGCCAGGAGAAACUGUCACUUUAUAUCAGCAGGAAACAGAGCGAGGAAAUGAAAUGGUCUCCCGUUCUUAGUUCCUCUGUCUGUGUUUAUGUGUGCGUACAUGAGUGUUGUGAUUUUAUGCGUGUCGAGAGUUGUCGGGGAAAAUUCAAAGUCAAGGUUGCUUUCUGGUGCUAAAUAUUCCCACACACAACUUCCCAGCGAGGCACAGAACUGCAGGAGCAACACUGAUGUAGACACAGUAGUCAAUCUGUGAGUGACAGACUAUAUAUAGAGCUGUGGCUGCUGUGUGGAGAUGUACUAGAGCCUUAGAAAGAUCAGAUUUACAGUGCAAGGUAGAAAGAAGGAGAUGAAAUGUAAGAGGAGGAGAAGAGAGAAAGUGGGUGGUGGGGGUGGGAAGAGCGAGGAGGAAAGAGAGAGUGAGAGACGGUCCGGCGGGAGUCCAUGCGACAGUGAAAUCUCUGUGACUUCCCUCAGUCGGGCUCCGAUCUGUGUGAGAAAAUGGCUCCCUGGUCUGUCUGUGUAUGUUUUUGUGUUUGAUGUGUGUGUGUGUGUGUGUGUGUGUGUGUGUGUGUGUGUGUGUGUGUGUGUGUGUGUGUGUGUGUGUGUGUUGGUGGGGGGGGGGAGCGGCCAUGAUGCUCUGCUCUGUGUGGUUGUCGUCUUUAUCUGGUGAAGCGUCUCUCCCUCCUCCUCCUCCUCCUGUCUCUCCGUGGUCGGCUAUAGCUCAAGUCCCUGUGCCAAGAGGGACUCUUGUUUCACUGGAGUCUCCGUUUCACACCCUUUCCCUUCAUCGUGACACCAGCUCUCUCUUUCACCCGAGAAGCUGUGUACAUAGUAGUGCUGUAAAGCUUUGCUUGCUUGUUUACUUUUUUUUUUUUAAACUGUAGGCUGAGUUUAGACACCAGUGUCAUAUGACUCACUGGAGAACUGACUACUGCAAAACGUUUUUAUCUGGGGAUAUUUUUUUAACUGGUUUGCUUUGUGUUCAUACAUUUGCUUGUUGUUACAUCAUGCUUUCAUUUUUCUCUUGCUGGUGUCUUUUUUUUUUUUUAACUAGAAUUUUGGAAAUGUUUUGCCAACACUAGAUAUGCUUUUAUUUUUUUGUUUGAUUAAUGUUCAAGGAAAUUAUAUGAUUUGUCAUUUAGAGGGAUUUAUAUUGUUUGUACCUCCUGCGCAGUAUUCUCAGUCAUAACAGUGGUCCACUCUUUGCUGUAACAGUCACGGGGAUACAAACAGACUUAUUUUUAUUUUUUCAGAAAGGACACUGGCUUUGGAUAAUUUUUGGCACUUCAUGCCGUAAACAGUGACUUAUUCUGCCAUACAGUUAUAACAACAGAGCAGGGAGGGCAGAAUAAAUUAAUUUACAGCAGCCCACCAAUAGUCACUCUGGUGACCCCUGGUCUUACAGAAACCCCUGACUAAGAAAAGAUUAAGGAUCAACCCUUCACUGCUGCUGUAUGUUUAUGUCUUACCCACUGGCUACUCUAAAAUAGACUGGUACCAGCAAGCCAGCGAGAGAUCUUUGUUUGGGCCGACCCAGGUCAGAAACAGGCUUUGGGCCCUGGAACCGUGAGUUGUGGCCCAUGAAGAAGAACUGACCUGAGGGUUUUGGAUGGUCAGCAGUAAUGAAACAAAGCCCUGGAGGGGGGGAGGUUUCAAUUCUUGUGAUGUUUUCACUCAACGUGGAGUACAAAAAAAAAAAAAGAAUAACAUGUGACUACGUAGAUUUUGCACUUGUCGACUACCUAUCUGUGCAUGCUUAUCACCAUUUCUACAUGUAAGACCUUUCUCAGACGUACUUUUGAAUACUAACUCUAUUUAUGUAAAGGUCAUGUGACAGCAAUCAUAAUUUCAGUGUAUAUCAGAUGACACACUUAAUGUCUGUGCUUUCUUAAACACAAAAGAGAGCUGGUUCUUGAGAGGCAAAGAGAUUAACGUCAGGUGAAAAUGGUCCAAUACAGGAACAAAAUGCCAACAUCACUGGACCUAAUAAUAACUUCCUCUAUUAGUUUGAAGACUCGAGGGGAAAAAAAACAGAAUCUUCCGACUGAUAUCGUCUCUGUGUUUAAAAUCAAAUAAACUGUGGUGAAAUUUGCACAAAACUUCUAUAUGUUAAGUUUGUCAUCCCUGGGUAGCCCGUUUGAACACCCAUCCUCCCUUGGUUUGACAUGUCCUUGCCUGUCCUCGCCUGAUUUGUCUUGCCCUCAGACUGUUCCAGCGGGGCAGCUGACAGGGGUGAUAUUGGUUUUCACAGCUGAGACUGUGCAGUGACGCAGCAUGCCUAUGUAUAGAACUUGAUUCCCCUGAUUAGAAAAAGAAAAAAAACAGUUAACUCUCUUGUUUCUGUAACCGAUUCAGGAAAAAAAGUUCAAUAAAAGUGUCAUGUUUGUAGUUAAUUUUAA